AUGGAGUACGAUCGAGUAGAGCGUGAAUGGUUAGCUCUGUUGGAGCAGCAACAUGUGUAUUGGCGGCAAAGGGCUAAAGAGCAUUGGUGGGUAGACGGGGACUUGAAUUCCAAGUAUUUUCAUAAUUCAGUUAGGACACGGAGAAGGCGGAAUCGGGUCGCUCAGCUGACUAGAGAUGAUGGUACAGUGGCAGUGGGGGUGGACGAGGUUGGGGGGGUGAUGGUCGACUAUUAUAAAGGCUUGUUUACUUCGCAGCCGGGGGAUGUGGAUGAGGUGGUUGUGUGUCUGGGAGCUGGAAUAACAGCGCGGGACAAUGCGGUUUUAGAAAGGGCUGUGAGUGUUGAGGAGGUACGCGAGGCGGUUUUUGCAAUGCACCCAGACAAGUCCCCGGGGCCAGAUGGCUUUGGACCGGGGUUUUUUCAGCAUUUUUGGCCGACAGUGGGAGGGGAGGUAACUCGGUUUUGCCAGCAGUUUCUGGAAACGGCAAGGUUACCCGCUAGAGCAAAUGAGACUUUAAUAGUUCUGAUUCCAAAGAAACCGGAGCCUAGUUCUAUGAAGGAUUUACGCCUCAUCGCGUUGUGCAACGUUCUAUACAAAAUUGCUGCAAAGGUUUGCGCGAACAGGCUGAGACCAUUGUUGGAUAAGGUUAUAUCUAGAGCACAAAGUGCGUUUGUGCCCGGGCGUUUAAUUACGGACAACAUAUUGCUGGCAUUUGAAGCCCAUCAUUAUUUAAAACGAAAGACACAGGGGAUGGUAGGGGUGGCGGCACUGAAGGUAGAUAUGAGCAAGGCCUAUGACAGGGUCGAAUGGCGAUUUUUACGGGCUGUUAUGUUGAAGUUGGGGUUCAGUGCGAGAUGGGUUGAUAUAAUAAUGGAAACGGUAUGUGGGGUGCAGUAUCACAUUUUAUAUGAGCCGAGGCAGUUGGGGCCCAUUGUGCCAGGGCGGGGUUUACGGCAAGGGGAUCCGCUAUCGCCAUACUUGUUUUUGAUGGUGGUGGAGGGGUUGAGUUUUUUAAUAGAAAAUCGGAUGAGGCGGGGGAUGUUGCAUGGGGUAAGGGUUGCGAGGGGAGCUCCACCAAUUUCUCAUCUGCUAUUUGCGGAUGACUGUUUUCUUUUUUUGCGUGCAAAUUCGGAGGAGAGUACACAUAUGAAACAGGUUUUGGAUUUGUAUGCUGGGGCCUCUGGCCAGCUAGUUAAUUAUGAAAAGUCCCAGGUGUGUUUCAGUGCCAAUACAGAUCAGGGGAGCAGGAAUGCGGUUGAGAAUGUCCUUGGGGUGCAGCAGGGGGAUACUUCGGGGAGGUAUCUAGGAUUGCCUUCGAUGGUAGGGCGGGGUAAAAGAGCAAUUCUGGGCUUUUUAAAGGAGCGUAUUCUAGCAAGGGUGCGGGGGUGGAACACACGGUUUUUAUCUAGGGCCGGGCGUGAGGUGUUGUUGAAGAAUGUUUUGCAGGCCUUGCCAAGUUAUGCUAUGAUGGUUUUCGCUUUGCCUGUGUCUUUGUGCAGGGAGAUAGAGGUUAUUCUCAAUAGAUAUUGGUGGACCGGCAAAGUCGUGGGUACAUCGGGGAUCCGUUGGAGGUCGUGGAAAGCAAUGUGUGUUCCUAAGGCUAAGGGUGGAUUGGGGUUUCGGACAUUGCGGGAGAUGAAUCUUGCACUUCUGGGUAAGCAAGCCUGGAGGUUAUUAACGAGGCCGGACUCGUUAGUUGCUCGGGUCUAUAAGAGUAGAUACUAUCCGAAUUGUCAUCUGAUGAAUGCGGAGGUGGGCCACAAUCCCUCGUAUGUUUGGCGGAGUAUUGUGGAGGCGAACGAGGCGGUUAAAUGGUGGUAUCAGCGGAGUAUUGGUGAUGGACGCUCCACUAAAAUUGGGAGGGACCCGUGGCUAGUGCAGGCAGAAAAUCCAUAUGUGACCACCCAGUUACAUGAUACUGUGAGUGACGCACCAGUGAGUUCGUUGAUGAAUAUGGCGGGGACUGCAUGGGAUCGUGAUUGUGUGAUGGAUGUUUUUAAUGCACGGGAUGCAGCCUACAUACUAAAUACCCCGUUAAGUAUUCGCCGACCUAUGGAUGCCUGGGUUUGGAAGGGGGAUUCUAAAGGGGCCUAUACUGUGAAAUCAUGUUAUAGAUUACUCACGAGGGAGGUACAAACUGAUUAUGAUUGGAACCGCAUUUGGCACUUGCAGGUACCUCCGAAAGUACGUGUGUUUGCCUGGCAGCUAGCGAAGGAUGUCCUACCAACGAGAGAAGCUUUAGCUCGAAAACGUGUUGCAUGUAUGGUUAUCUGCCAUAUGUGUGGUACCGUUGAUGAAACGAAUGCUCAUAUGUUUCGUGAUUGCUACCAUGUACGUGUGUUGUGGGGUGCGGCCGGGUUGCCGGUUUUGACACAUGAUCACGGCUCUAUUGUACAAUGGUUCUUCGAACAGAUAGCGCACCUAAAAGACGAUUUGUUGCCUAAAUUUGUUAUGAUAUGUUGGGCUGUGUGGAAGAGUCGAAAUGCAACAGUGUGGAGUGGGGUGCAAUUUAAUGCUGCUGUGGUGCUGCGUGAGGCGGUCACUUACUGGGAGAAUUGGAGGGCUGUACAAGUGGAUAGUGGUGGUGUGCGAAGUGGGUCUGCUGGUCGGGAGACAUGGGCACGGCCAGGAACGGGCAGAAUAAAGCUAAACUGUGAUGCGGCAUUGGAUGCUAGUCGAAAUGUUAUGGGAUUGGGGUGGGUUUUGCGUGAUGACGGAGGGGGUUUUCUCGCGGCGAAGAGCAUGCAAGUGGACAGUAUACGGUGGUUGAGGCAGAGGUCAUGUGCAUGCGGGAGGCUUUGUCUUGGCUUCGUAGUACGGGAAUGGGAGGUUGCCUCACUGAUAAACGGGGUCAACUUUGCUUUUGUAAAACGAUCUGCGAAUCUUGUAGCUCAUGCUUUAGCUAGGGGUGCCGUUUCUGUGACAGGUCCGGGGGAAUGGUUAGAUGGUCCGCCCGAGUUGACUGUUGAAGAAGUUCCAUCUGCUGCAAAUAGCGUAACCGAGGGUGCAUCAUCAUCAUCUUCGGAAACUAAUUCCACACCUUCCACUGGACCCGUCACUGAAGAUGAAAUCAGAGCUGUUCUGCUGCAGGAAAAACCAGUCACCACUCAGGACCUUGUUAACCAAUUUAUAUCACGACUAAAGUCUAGAGAGGACAAGAACACUUUCGCUGCUGCACUGAGGAGAAUAUCCAGGAUAGAAGCGACCAAUACGGGCAUCUAUGUAGUGUUGAGCGAGAGGUGA